AUGGAAGCUUUAAAAGCUGCCAUUCAUGCCGCUGAAAACGGAAAUCUGGGAAAAAUCUGCGGUGUGCUGGGCCGUGUCGAUGACGAAAAUGCAGCUGUGAGGCAGCUUGCUACCAGCUCGCUGUCGUACCUCCUGAUGGAGGACGACCACGAGGCACCUGCAGCAAGGGCAGCGGGAGUGCAGCGGCUGCUGGACUCUGAUGGUGAGGUGCGGAGCGCUGCACGCAUGCUGCUCGGAGCUGUGGCACACGGACACGAGGUUGUGGUCUCAGCACUUGCAGGCAUCAUGCAGAGCCGCGAAGAGGAUUGGCUGCGGCAGGAGGCCGUGGAGGCAUUGUCGUUGUUGGCCAGCCGUGGGAAUGGCGAGGCCCUGGCCGCAGUCGUGCGGGGCCUCACGGACCCAAGUCUCGCGGUGCGGCGCGAGGCUGUAGCGGCGCUCGGUGACGUGGCGCCGUUCUGCGAUCGCGAGGGAACUACCCUGUUAUGCCAAUGCUGCACGGAUCCGGAUCCCACCGUGCGCUGUGCACUGGCACAUGCAAGCACCAUCAUCUCCCCGUGGGGCGACCCUGCAAUGACUGCCGCUUUGGUGGGCCUGCUGCAGGACACCCAUGCUGAGGUGCGAAUUCGGGCUGUCAGUGCCCUCGGCACAGUGGCUCGGCCGUCGGACAAAGAGACAGUAGAGGCGGUGGCGGCAUGCGAAGAGGAUGCGGAUGACCGCGUUCGCUCGGCUGUACAGCGUUCUUUGGCGCUGCUGGCUCCGGCUUCUGUGGAGGAGGUGUCGCUGCCUUCUCCUGAGCCCAUCGAGGGCGUCAAGUCCAAAAAGGCAGCACUUUGGCGAGCUGAGCCGCAUGCGGAGGAACUUUGCCUGGUGCCGCUCAGCGCCGCAGAGAAGCUGCUGAGUAGCCGGGCCUUCAUGUGCCUGUCACGGAGCUCGCGGGUGGUGCUGGAAGGAUGCCCGGACAUGCCUCAGGUCUUCGACCUGCUUGCGGGAAAGCGCCCCGAAGCGGCACCCUUGAUCUGGCAGCACCCUCGGGCGCGCUUCGCGGCAGUGAGCCCGCGCUGUGUGACGCAGCUGUGCCAGGAGAACAGCUGCAAAACACCUCGGGACAUGCUCCACGCCGGCUACGAGUACCUGGCUUGCGACGUCGAGGCACACCUGUCACUCUUUGCCUUGGCCGACUUCGCGGACAGAGGUGUGGCAACCAGGGUCUAG